AUGGCCGAAAAAGUGGAAAAAAGUCAUCCAGUUGUGGACCUGUUUGACAAACGUGGCUUGACCAGAGACGAGGUGGGGAAGAUCUACACAUCAUGGGCUAAGGAUUAUGACAAGGAUGUAGUAGGCCUCACUUACUAUUGUCCCAGUAAUAACGCUGAUGAGCUGGAAAAGUUGCUUGGAGUGAAGAAAGAUGGCCUCAUUUUGGACGCUUGCUGUGGAACUGGAUUGGUGGGACAAGAGCUCUCAAAGCGUGGUUUCCACAACCUCCACGGCCUGGAUGCAUCCAAGGAAAUGCUGGAGCAGGCGAAACAGAAGGGGGUCUAUAAGAAACUGGUUCACGCUUUCAUUGGGCCUGAACGAGUGGAUAUCGCCGACGACACAUAUGACGCGGUCAUCAUGUCAGGCGCUAUAGGAUGUGGAUGCGUGCACGGAGGUGGAUUGGCAGAAAUGAUACGAAUUGUUAAACCGGGUGGCUACGUGGCUAUGGAUAGCAUUUUUAAGUACACCCAUGAUAGUGACUAUGGCGGGAAAAGUUUUGACGAAAUAAUUGACAGUCACAUCAUGGCCGGACGCUGGGUCACGGUGACCAGACACUUGGUGGAAAAGGUCUUUAACAACCUGGAUGGAAUGCAGUACACUUUUCAAGUGAAAUAA